UAAAAUUAACUGGAAAAUGCAACGCUAAUUAGAUCUAUGGUCAGCACCGAGCUUGGGGCAUGCUGGGAUGUCUGCGACUGCAUGAUUGUACGACAAAACACGGAAUACGAAGCACGAAACCGGAGCCGGAGCCGGAGCCGGCACUUGACUGCAACUUGGGCGGGGCGGUGCGUUCUCGGCGGGGUUUUUCAAAACACAUUUCUCAAUCGCAAUGUGCAUCAACAAACCCGUAAAAUGCAAACACUCACGGCGGACACCGUGGACGCAUGGACAAGGAUAAAUGAAUGGAUGAGGGACAAUACAAUUGAAAUAUAUAUAACUAGUACAGACACACACACACACAUGCAUAGAACUGGAUGUGGAGCACUCCUAAAUGGUAGCCUACUUAUUAUGGCAAGCUACUGUGCAAUCAACGGCAAAUGUGGCAUUCAACAAGGAAAUACAAUCGAAGACAGAUACAUUUCACAAUGGAUGGAUAUAUGUACAUAGAUACCUCCCGAUACCCUGCUCCUGGUUGGGGAGCAUAUAGCAAAUGUCAAAAUCAAUUUGUGAACCAAAAAAACCAAGCCAAAAAGUUUAUUUUGUAAAAUACUUUGGUCUCUUGUGGACCCGUAACUUACCGCUGGGAUCAUGAUGUGGUAGCGGCGGACCCGUCUGCUGUGGCUGCGGCUGAUGCUGAUGCUGGUGAUGAUGAUGAUGCGGAUUGGGUGCACAAAAUGCACUCGCACCACCGCCCAUCGUUGGUGGUGGGCCAACGGGCGGCGGUGGCGGAUAUGCGCUGGCCCUAUACGAUGGCGGCGGCGAGCCAACAUCACAACGGUCCGGCGGCACCGUUGGCGGACCAACGGGCAGCGAUCCAACCGGCGGCGGGCCAUAGUGUCCCUGUGGCGGUGGUCCGCCAUAGUGAUGGGGCGGCGGUGGCGGCGGCGGACCGCCAUGAUACUCGGCCGCCUGCUGAUAAUGAUGGGCGUGUGCGGCGUGCGCUGCAUGGGCGGCCGCAUACUGAUGCUGAUGAUGCAUAUGCAACACACCGUUGCCAGCGGGCGCCAGCUGAUGUGCAUGGUAAGCGGCAGCGGCCGCUGCAGCUGCUGCCGCAGCGGCUGCAUAAGAUGGCGGCGGUGGACCAUGAUGAUCCGGCGGCAUAUGCUCCGUAUGCAGACCCAAAUCCGGUGCAUGAUACAUGCCCGCACUGAGCGGUUCACACGGCAGCAGCACAUGUGGCAUAUGUGGCGGCGGCGGUUGCACCGGCAGCGGCGGUGAGCUGUGUGCUGUGGGAAACAAAUAUUCAAAUAUUCAAUCAAUAACGAUUAUCGUCUAAGCCAGAAUUCAUUCCACUUUCAAUUCAUCAGAUCGCAUUUUCGAGCAUAUUCUCAAGUUCUCAAGUAUUUCUCAAUUUUCAAUUACUAUAAAAAAAUCAAUUAAAAAAAAAAAUGG